AUUUCCUGUGACGCCAGCGCCCGGACUCCAUUAGGCAGCAGCUGGGGGAAGAAUCAACACACCAGGGAGCAGAGCGGCACGGACCGAGCACCGAGGCGGCUGCUACCUUCGCCGCCGCCGCCGCCGGGGUUCCAGCUUCGGGCCUGCGCCCCCCAGUGCCCGCGAGUCCCCGGGCCGCGCCGCGAGCGCCUCCGGAGGGGGGGGGAAGGGCCCGGUCCUCCUUCUCCCCCUCCUCCCGCCCCACCGACCCCCGCCGCGCCCCGCCGGCCUCCCACCACGGCCUCUCUCGGCGAGGAAACUCUGGCCUCCGCUUCCUCCUCCUCCGACUCGGACGCCGGCGGAGCCUCCCCGCCCCCGCGGAAGAAGCCCCGAGCCUCGGCGGCGGAGGGAGCAGGAGAGCCCGGGGCCUCGGCCGGCCGAGCAGGCCUCCCCCCCCCGCCCUCGCCCUCGCCGGCCGCCGCCUCCUCCUCCGUGGUGGUGGUGGUGGGACUGCCUCCAGCCGCCCCCGCCGCCCCUCAGCGGAGUAGCGGCCACAGCCUGGUCGGCGGCAGCAUGCAGGCCAACGGGGCGGGAGGAGGCGGCGGCGGGGGCGGCGGGGGCCAGGGCCAGACCCCGGAGCUCGCCUGCCUGUCGGCGCAGAACGGGGAGUCGUCCCCCUCGGCGGCGUCCGCGGGGGACCUGGCCCACGCCAACGGGCUCCUGCCUGCCGCCCCCUCCGCCGCUGGCAACAAUAGCAACAGCCUGAGUGUCAAUAACGGGGUUCCCGGCGGGGCCGCCGCGGCCUCCGCCACCGCCGCCGCCCUGGCCACCCCCGAGCUGGGCAGCAGCCUUAAGAAGAAGAAGCGGCUCUCGCAGUCGGAUGAGGAUGUCAUUAGACUCAUAGGACAGCACCUCAAUGGCUUAGGGCUCAACCAGACUGUUGAUCUCCUCAUGCAAGAGUCAGGAUGUCGUUUAGAACAUCCUUCUGCUACCAAAUUCCGAAAUCAUGUCAUGGAAGGAGACUGGGAUAAGGCAGAAAAUGACCUGAAUGAACUAAAGCCUUUAGUGCAUUCUCCUCAUGCGAUUGUGGUAAGAGGCGCACUUGAAAUCUCUCAAACCUUGUUGGGAAUAAUUGUGAGGAUGAAGUUUUUGCUGCUGCAGCAGAAGUACCUGGAAUACCUGGAGGAUGGCAAGGUCCUGGAGGCACUUCAAGUUCUACGCUGUGAACUGACGCCGCUGAAAUACAAUACAGAACGCAUUCAUGUUCUUAGUGGGUAUCUAAUGUGUAGCCAUGCGGAAGACCUAAGGGCAAAAGCUGAAUGGGAAGGCAAGGGGACAGCUUCUCGGUCCAAACUGCUGGACAAGCUUCAGACCUAUUUACCACCAUCAGUGAUGCUUCCCCCACGGCGUUUACAGACUCUUCUGCGGCAGGCGGUGGAGCUACAAAGGGAUCGGUGCCUAUAUCACAAUACCAAACUUGACAAUAAUCUAGAUUCUGUGUCUCUACUUAUAGAUCAUGUUUGUAGUAGGAGGCAAUUCCCCUGUUACACUCAGCAGAUACUCACGGAGCAUUGUAAUGAAGUGUGGUUCUGUAAAUUCUCUAAUGAUGGCACUAAACUAGCAACAGGAUCAAAGGACACCACAGUUAUCAUAUGGCAAGUGGAUCCGGAUACACACCUGCUAAAGCUGCUUAAAACAUUAGAAGGACAUGCGUAUGGUGUUUCUUAUAUUGCAUGGAGUCCAGAUGACAACUAUCUUGUUGCUUGUGGACCAGAUGACUGCUCUGAGCUUUGGCUUUGGAAUGUACAAACGGGAGAAUUAAGAACAAAAAUGAGCCAAUCUCAUGAAGACAGUUUGACCAGUGUAGCCUGGAAUCCAGAUGGGAAACGCUUUGUGACUGGAGGUCAGCGCGGGCAGUUCUAUCAGUGUGACCUGGAUGGAAAUCUUUUGGACUCCUGGGAGGGGGUGAGAGUGCAAUGCCUAUGGUGCUUGAGUGACGGCAAGACUGUGCUGGCUUCUGACACGCACCAGAGAAUCCGGGGCUACAACUUUGAGGACCUUACAGAUAGGAACAUAGUACAAGAAGAUCAUCCUAUUAUGUCAUUUACUAUUUCAAAAAAUGGCCGAUUAGCUUUGUUAAAUGUAGCAACUCAGGGAGUUCAUUUAUGGGACUUGCAAGACAGAGUUUUAGUAAGGAAAUACCAAGGUGUUACCCAAGGGUUUUAUACAAUCCAUUCAUGUUUUGGAGGCCAUAAUGAAGACUUCAUCGCUAGUGGCAGUGAAGAUCACAAGGUUUACAUCUGGCACAAACGAAGUGAACUGCCAAUUGCAGAACUGACAGGGCACACGCGCACAGUUAAUUGUGUUAGCUGGAACCCACAGAUUCCAUCUAUGAUGGCCAGUGCCUCAGAUGACGGCACUGUUAGAAUAUGGGGACCAGCACCUUUUCUAGACCACCAGAAUAUUGAAGAGGAAUGCAGUAGCAUGGAUAGUUGAUGGCGAAUUGGAGCAGACGACUUCUGUUUAACUUAAAAUUAGUCGUAUUUUAAUGGCUUGGGAUUUGGUGCAAACAAACAUGAUUGAUAGCUGGACAGACAUGCUCAUCAUGAAAAAAAGAACCAUUUCUGAAGCCCGAUUGGGGCCAAACAUUUACACCUUGCUUCAUAGUAACCAGUUGAUGAAGCACGUCGUUAGAACGUUGUUGGACACCAUGUUGAAUUAUUCCCCAUCGGUUGUGAAGAACUGUGCUACAUUCAGGCUUACCCAUUGAACUCAGUAUAUAUAUAUUUUUCCCUCCUGCCUUUUGUCUGGUGGGAUACCAUUCUUGUUGCUCUUCUGUGUAAUGAAGUUCAAAUGCUUGUUUGGAAACUUUAUUUAACAGUUUAGAAGGCUUGAUAGGAAGAGUUCAUUAGUCUGAAGAGUAUACAUUGGACAGGAAAGAACUUCCUUUUGUUUCUUCAAAUCUUUCCGCCUUAUUUAGCUUGAGAUCUUUGCAGCUUGGUUCAUGGAUUCUAGCCUUGCCCGUUGCGCAGUAUAUACUGAUCAGAUGAUAAACAGUGAACUAUGUCAAAAGCACUCUCAAUAUUACAUUUGACAAAAAGUUUUGUACUUUUCACAUAGCUUGUUGCCCCGUAAAAGGGUUAACAGCACAAUUUUUUAAAAAUAAAUUAAGAAGUAUUUAUAGGAUUAAAGUGACUUCAUUUGUAUACAUUUGGAAUCUAAACCAGCUUAAAAAGAGUUUCCUCUGUGACUCAGAUAUGCAGUGUGACUGAUGCUCUUCUGGAGUGCCGCCUGAGACGGCAUGGUCAGAGACAGUGCUCAGAAGGACAUGGCACAGGAGAGCAGAGAGAUACUUGGAAGGUUCCCCCUUUUAUUUUGUUCCCGAAGGGACAUCAGUACCUGAUGUUGAAGAAAUUCAAGAUCCAAAAGGAGAAUUUUAUAAAUACACCAACAUAAAUAACAAAUCAGCCAUCAGUCUAGGUUUUCAAGAGAGCUUGUUCCAUGUUCUUCUGGUCUUGGUGUGAUCUAGUAAAAGUAGAGAUCAGAAGAUAGGCGACUUUGGGAAUUUAUAGUGUAGUUGAGACUUAGAAGAAUUCGGCAGGUUACAAACAUAAAUAAACUGGGAUUAAAACCUCAGUCAUUUCUUCUAGUUGCCCUUAAUGCCCAACAUAGGGACACUGGAAUUUAAAGAAGAUUCCUUCUCAGCUUUUCAGAUGUUGCCAUACUGAACCUCAUUCAAACUGGUGCUGUGGACAGUCUUUCCCUCUCCUCCCCCUUGUAGUUUAAGGGACGGUUUCCUUACGGGAACAAAGACUACUCACUUUGAAGACUACAUCCAACGUCUGAUGUUCACGGUGUUUUUGAACCCACAGCCACUGGCUCUAACAGUCUCCCUUGAAAUGCCCUGUUGUCAGUAGAGGAUAAUAAGGGUGACCACAGCUAUUAUUAGGAGAAGUGGAAUCACUCCCAAAGUAAGAUCCUGGUGAAGAAAAAAACAUCUUGUACCAAGUUGCCCUUGAGGCUGAGCCAAAUCUAUGGCAUUCUCACCAUGAUCAUACCCUUCACAGCCCUAAGAGGAGAGAGGCUUGGAUGGUAGAGGUCAUGACGGGUGGUAGCAGUGAGGAGAAAGUAAGGAAAAGGGAGAAGAAGAAAACACAUUUGGCCUUAAAAUAGUGUUCAUCUCCCAAAGCCCACAGUAAGGAAAUGGCAGAGCAUAGUCGGCGAUUAUUUUAUGAAAUUGAUGUGUAAAAAGGUUUCUUUAAACUUCAUUUUGCAGAGACCACCACUUUAGAAAAUCAGAGAAAUCCUGUUUUGAUACUUCCAAGUUAAAAUAGUAUGUUACCUUUUAUCUGGUACUUCAUUUCCUGACUGAAGUUACUUUUUACUUUAAGCUUGAAUAAAAACUUUGAUUUGUUAAUGUAUAUAAUUAAGUGGCAACUCCUCUUUACCUCAGUGCAGUUAAAACCGUAUUUUGAUUGAUAUACCCUGAAGCCAUUAAUACAUACACCCCAGUCUCUACAGUAACAAUCACUAACAAAAUGUGGCAAACUCCACAGCUGUUUACAAAUGUAGUUACAUCGUCCUACAUGGUACAUACGGAAUAUUCCCUGAGAUCUGUGCCCACUCAGAUUCUACACCAAGCCACACCUAGAUCUGUCUUGAGUUCUCACAGUACUUCUGAAGUACAGUUCAAAACACCUAGAAGUAAAAAUGUAGACUGAAAGGGAGGGACAUUUUACAAGACCGUAACUCCUGUUAAAGUGGAGGUGCAACUAUGCAAAGGUGUUCAUAGCAGCUAGGUGAACUUGGUUGCCAGGUCUGUCCUAACUGGCAGUUUCCUGAAUAUACUGGUACUUCAUUGUGCCAAUUUGCUAUAAGCAUCCGCUUCCUAUAUUUACCCUGAAGUGAACAUGUGAGAAAGAUGGUGAAAAAACCCUAGCUUUUAUGAUGGAAGAAUCUAGUGGCAGGAUUUUUCUAACCUUUAGCUAUUAACUGAAAUUUUCUGACAAUGUGAUAAACCACACAAAGAGGGAAAGUUCUGUCAAGCCUGUCACAAGAUACUAACCAAUGUAUAAACUGAAAAGUACCAAUACUUUUUGCACAUAGAUCAAAAUAGUGGAGAAUUUUGGCUCCAAAAAUCAGGUUAGUAGGCUCAAUUCCAUGUGCUUAAAAAUGUUUUUGUUGUUAUUAAUGCAUUGAUUAAGGGCUAGAGCAAGAAUGAAAUUAAAUGUCUUUUUCCUCUAAAUAACUGGUUUUUAGUGGUAAAGUGUUGGAUUUGGGAAUCACUGAGGUUGGUGUGGGUGGUGAGCAAAUGAAUUAAGAGUGGGAGUUGGGGGAUGACAGAGCUUCAGACUCGAGUUUCUAUUUUAUUAGUAUUCAUGUCAGCUGUAUUUCAUUGCUCUUGCUGGCCAGAUAAAUAGUCUAGUAAUCCAGGUAAGUAGUUGAAGACAGGAAAUUUUGUUUACAAUGUCCCCAUAUAUUGGCCCAUUUUAUUGGGUGGGAGAACAAAAAAGGAAUUCUCUGACUAUAAGUAAUUAAAAUGACCUGUUAGAUAAACCAAGAGCAAUUUUAUCGCUAUUUCUUUAGUCUGAGAAAAUGCAAACAGUAAUUCAGCAAGGUCAGUGGUUAGGAGUGCUCUGCCUCAACUGGCGUUCUGUGGCAUUAAUAGAAAAUUCUUCUUCCCCACCCCUCCCCACCUUGAAAUCUUUUUUAGGACAUUGGUUCCUGCAAACAAGAACUGACCCUCUGCUUCCCAUUGGGUAAAUGUAUAUCGCACAUCCUCUUGAAAGGGAACAUAUCCAUGUCAUUUACUUUACGGCAGAAGAAUGGGGAGGAAAGAAGAUAAUCUGUCUUAAUAUCCUUUGUGUCCCGGUUUUUAAAUAUAUAUUAGUAAUUUUACUUUAAUGUCUCAGACUUCAGCAAAUCUCCCUUUGUUUGCUGGCCAAAGCAUUCCCUCCAUUUCCAAAACCAUAACUGAUUUCACUUAAACUGCUUACACUUCGACACUUUCUAAAAACAGGGUGAAUUUAAUCUAAACUUUGCAGUGUUGAGUUGUUACAGUAGCUGCUCUAGAAUUGAAAAAAAACAAGCUGUAUAAACCCAUCCCCUAUCUAUUUAAUCCAGACAGCCUGGGUUAAUGAGAUUAAUCCUAUAAAAUUUUGUGUGUUUGAGAAAGAACUUGAUUCAUAAAAUACCCUAGAAACAACUAGGUUGUCAUUUUUACUGAAAGUCCAGUGCACAUGUAAAGUGCACUCUUUAAGACUUGGUUAAUACUUGUCUAUUUUUAUAAGAAUGAAAUUAUGUCCCAUCUUUGACUUAGACAUUUACGUUAUCAGGAUCAAUAUGCUAAAAUUAAUCACAACAUUCUUAGGCUCAGAGGGGGGAAUGUUAUUGGUCCCUUGAAAGUAAAAGAGUGAGAGUGCUUGUGGGUGCGUGUGGGUGACGUGUCGAGAGUAGAUCACAAAAGCAUGUAUGUGCUUACAAACCAAGCUGUAGAGAUCACAUGAAGAACUUGGUGUUGCUCUGGAGAUUUCUGAGCUAGGGAGAGUGAUAUGGCAUUGUGUUAUGUAGCUCACACAGCUGUUGGUGUGGACUAACAGUUACUAUGAACUGACAGGUGUUUCCAGAGGAUUGUGUUCUUAAACUUUGGGGUUUGCUUUUUUAACUGCCUCUCAGAUUAUAUUUAGUGGUUUAAAUUUCUUUAUUAUUUCAUUAAAGUAUAAAAACUUCAGGUCUCAUAUUUAUUUUCAUUUGUUCUACUAAUUAUUUACAAAACACCUUUUGGUUGACAUUUAUUUUAUAAAUGUGUGGUAUAUUAAAUGUCUUUAAAUUUUUUUGUUUGGUUGAAAUUACAGUAACUUAGAUUUGCUUUAUUGGGAUUUUUAAAUUUUAUUUUAAUUACACCUUUUCCAUGUCAGUGCGCAGCACUUGCCCAGUCCUUUGUAUUCCCUUCUCUCAAUUCAAUAAACAGAAUGAA